AUGGUUCAACCAGCAGAACGACCUCAGUACAGUCCCACGCGAUCACUCCGUGACUGUGCUCACCCCAAUCCUUUCGCUCGUGUUCGAAAGCACCGCCACGAAGAACGUGGCCGUUGGUCAACACCACAAAGAAGGCAAUUCCUGGAACAUGUGGUCUCACAGCCUACACUUCAAAGCUAUAGCCGCGAUGGAGGUUCGAGCAAUUCUCCAACGAUACAUUUCGGUGGCUCUACCAGUCUAAGAGCAAAGCACGACACGCAGAGUAACGUUGUAGGUGAAUCUUCACUUUCCACUGCUUCCACCUUCGGUGGGGUCAGUAUAAGACGACCAGACCCGUCCAAAAUUGGGCAUCCGCCCCAAACGUUUACAUCUUACAGUUCGCAGCACUCGUUGGUAUCAAUAUCGUCAUCAGGGCAACUUCACCAUGCCUCUAACGAGCGAGCACAAAUUUCCACAGCACCACAGACGCUUGACACAGCAGUAUCCCCGAUCAGAAAAACACGAAGCCACGAGAAGGUCGACACCCUUGGCGUACAGCCAUUCAUGGAACCCGGCGCAGACACCUGCUCUAAACAAGAUACUUCGAAUGACUCUGAAACCGAUUACGAGACAGCUCUUGAAGAGCAAGAAGAUCCUGCUGGUAGCGAAACCGAUACUGACGAAGAACACAACAUUGAAAACCAAGUGUUUGACAUCGUCGCCGGACCUCUAGGUGGAUUGAAUCUACAACAACGUCGGACCUUUGAACAAGCAGCUCUGUGGCUACGUUACAGGCAGCAGAUAGGCCAGCAACGAUACCCACAUGUUUUUGUGAACCGCGAAAAUCUGCCGUUACGUGGUCCGGCGCCGCAUUACAUCUUUCCGUUGUUGCCGUGUCAACAAGUCUACGAUGGAUCGCAAGAACCUGGGUUCAUGAGGGUUGUGCUCUCGGCGGACUAUGGCUUUGUCAACAUUGUCUGCCAUGCUGGUGCUAACGGUGAAUUCUACCUUGUUAGAUGA